UCUGUCUCCUCCUCUCAGGCCACGGAGAACGAGCCCGGAGACAUGGACCUCAGCGGCCUCCCCGAGACCGCCGUCGACUCCGAGGAGGACGACGACGAGGAGGACAUCGAGCGGGCGUCCGACCCCCUCAUGAGCAGGGACAUCGUGCGGGACUGCCUGGAGAAGGAUCCCAUGGACAGGACGGACGACGACAUCGAGCAAUUACUGGAGUUCAUGCAUCAACUGCCAGCGUUUGCUAACAUGACCAUGUCGGUGAGGAGGGAACUCUGCGCUGUCAUGGUCUUCGCCGUGGUCGAGCGCGCCGGAACCAUCGUUCUCAAUGAUGGAGAGGAGCUGGACUCGUGGUCGGUGAUCCUGAACGGGUCGGUGGAGGUGACGUACCCCGACAGCCGGACCGAGGUGCUGUGCAUGGGCAACAGUUUCGGAGUGUCACCCACCAUGGAGAAGGAGUACAUGAAAGGCGUGAUGAAGACCAAGGUGGACGACUGCCAGUUCGUGUGUAUAGCUCAGCAGGACUACUGCUGCAUCCUGAACCAAGUAGAGAAGAACAUGCAGAAGGUGGAGGAGGAGGGAGAGAUCGUCAUGGUGAAGGAGCAUCGUGAACUGGACCGAACCGGCACCAGGAAGGGACACAUCGUCAUCAAGGGCACGGCGGAGCGCCUCACCAUGCACCUGGUGGAGGAGCACUCGGUGGUGGACCCCACCUACAUCGAGGACUUCCUGCUGACCUACAGGACCUUCCUCUCCAGCCCCAUGGUCGUGGGCAAGAAGCUCCUGGAGUGGUUUCACGACCCCAGUCUCAGGGACAAGGUUACACGGGUAGUCUUGCUGUGGGUAAACAAUCACUUCAACGACUUUGAGGGCGACCCUGCCAUGACCCGCUUUUUGGAGGAGUUUGAAAACAACCUCGAGAAAGAAAAAAUGUGCGGGCACCUCAGACUGUUAAACAUAGCGUGUGCUGCUAAAGCCAAGCCGCGGCUGGUGACGCUAACCAAGCCGUCGCGGGACUCCCCUCUGGCGUUCAGCCUCCUCGGAGGGCAGGAGAAAGGCUUCCGCAUCUUCAUCGAUGCCGUGGAGCCAGGGAGCAAGGCAGCAGAGGCCGGCCUUAAGCGUGGCGAUCAGAUCUUGGAGGUCAAUGGGCAGAAUUUUGAGAAUGUCCAACUCAACAAAGCCAUUGAGAUCCUAAAGAACAACACCCACUUGUCCAUAACUGUGAAGACAAAUCUUUUAGUGUUUAAAGACCUGCUAACGCGACCAGAACACGACCACGACCUGGACGGUGACGAGGAACACGACAGGAAGAACGGCGCUCCCCACCUCCCCAAGAUCGGGGACAUCAAGAAGGCCAGUCGCUACUCCAUACCGGACCUGGCGGUGGACGUGGAGCAGGUCAUGGGUCUGGAGAAGGCCAGCAAAAAGGCCAAGACCAACACCGUGGGAGGACGCAACAAGCUGAAGAAGAUCUUUGACAAGACGCUCACCAGCAUCCUGCCGCCCAAACCUUACAAUGAUGUUUGCGUUGGCCAAUCACAGGACGACAGCAUAGUGGGAAUGAAGCAGUCCAAACAGAUCCCACCGGCUCUGCCCGUCAGCGGGAACCUGUCGUCGUCAAACCCAGACCUGCUGCAGUCGCACCACCGCAUCCUCGACUUCAACAACCAGCCUGAUAUGUCGGACCAAGUGUUGCGAGUCUUUAAGGCGGACCAGCAGUCUCGGUAUAUCAUGAUCGGGAAGGACACGACGGCUAAAGAGGUGGUGGCCCAAGCCAUCCGGGAGUUCGCCCUGACCGCUGCCCCCGAGGCGUACUCGCUGUGUGAGGUGUCCGUCACGCCAGAGGGCGUCAUCAAACAGAGGCGGUUGCCAGAUCAGCUUUCCAAGCUCGCCGACAGGAUUCAGCUGAGCGGAAGAUACUACCUAAAGAGCAACAUGGAGACGGAGACGUUGUGCUCGGACGAUGACGCCCAGGAUCUUCUCCGGGAAGGCCAGAUCUCCCUGUUACAGCUCAGCACGGUGGAGGUGGCCACGCAGCUUUCCAUGCGGGCCUUUGAACUUUUCUGCGCCAUCGAGCCCACCGAGUACAUCGACGACUUGUUCAAGCUGCGCUCCAAGACCGGCUCUGCGAGCCUCAAGCGCUUCGAGGAGGCCAUCAACCACGAGACGUUCUGGGUGGCUACGGAGGUGACGCGGGAGCCCAACCAGCUCAAGCGCAUGAAAACCGUCAAGCACUUCAUCAAAAUAGCCCUGCACUGUCGGGAGUGCAAGAACUUCAGCUCCAUGUUUGCAAUCAUCAGUGGGCUGAACUUGGCUCCGGUGUCCAGACUGAGAGGAACAUGGGAGAAGUUACCUAGCAAGUAUGAGAAGUUGUUUGGGGACCUGCAGGACCUCUUUGAUCCCUCGCGAAAUAUGGCAAAGUACAGAAAUGUCCUCAACAAUCAGAACCUCCAGCCACCAAUCAUUCCCCUGUUCCCCGUCAUCAAGAAGGACCUCACCUUCCUACAUGAAGGCAACGACUCUAAGGUGGAUGGCCUGGUUAAUUUUGAGAAGCUGAGGAUGAUCGCCAAAGAAAUUCGUCACGUGGGGCGUAUGGCGUCCGUCAACAUGGACCCAGCCCUCAUGUUCCGAACCAGGAAGAAGAAAUGGAGGAGUUUAGGGUCUCUAAGUCAGGGUAGCGCCAACGCGGCCAUGCUAGACGUCAGCCAGACAGGUGGCCACAAGAAGCGGGUGCGACGCAGCUCCUUCCUAAAUGCAAAAAAGCUUUACGAGGACGCCCAGAUGGCCAGGAAGGUCAAGCAGUACCUGUCCAACCUCAGCCUGGAGACGAACGAAGAGAGUCUGCAGACCUUCUCGCUACAGUGUGAACCCUCCAUCAACACAUUGCCGAAGAACGCUGGUGGAAAGCGACCAGACACGUCUCCCGUGGUGUCCCGAGCUGCCAGCCAGCAGAGGGGCACGCUGGCCAAAGGGAACCAGGCCCUGCAGGUCCCGGCCGUCGCCCUCUACCCGUCUAGAAAGAAAGUGCCAGUCAAGGAUCUGCCGCCUUUUGGCACCAGUUCGCCCCAGUCCCUGAAGAAGAUCCUGUCUCUGUCUGAGGAGGGAAACGAAAGGCAUCGCAGGCAGCCAGAGGACACCGUGUCCAACGCCUCCUCCCAGCUCUCCUCCCCUCCCACCUCCCCCCAGAGCUCGCCCAAGAAGGGUUACGGCAGGAUGGGGGACGCCUACUCGGACUCCGGGCACAGUGAGAUCUCGUCUCGCUCCAGUCUGGUCAGCAACUCCUCUUUCGACAUGGCCCAGGAGGAGAGGAGACUCCGUCACUCUGGAGGAGUUGGAGACGCUCACAUUGGGGGACCUCGGAUGGAAAGAAGAGCCACCACCGACCCCGACCAGUACAGUCUGGGGUCGUAUUCAUCAAUGCAGGAUUGUCGGGGCAUCUACACCGGCUGCCCCACCGUUCUCUCCUCGCCCAGUUCAGAAGAACUGACUCAGGAUCAGGGCGACCGCGUCUCCCUCGACGCUGCAGACAGCGGCCGCGGCUCCUGGACGUCCUGCUCCUCCGGUUCCCACGACAACAUCCAGACUAUGCAGCAGGGGCGGAGUUGGGAGACGCUGGCCUUUGGAGGGGGAGGCGGCGGGCUUCCUUCAGGACCCGAAGCCUUACUGGGGGGUCACGCGGCGCUGUGGGCGGCGCAGGCCAGGGGGAGCUGGGCGUCCGCCAGCUCCUCCUCCUCGUCAGCAGCGUACUGGGGAGAGGACUCAGAGGGAGAUACCGGCACCAUCAAGAGGAGAGGGGGAAAGGACGUCAACGCCGACCCGGAGACAAGUAGCAUAACAUCCACCGGGUCAGAGGAGGCGAAGCAGCUGGGCCGGCCGUCUCCGUCGCCCAUCACUGCUGGAGCUCGUAAGGAGGGCCGGUACCGCGAGCCCCCCCCGACCCCCCCCGGUUACACGGCCCUGACCAUCUCCGACCUCCCGGAGGGGCAGCACCCGCCCCCGUCUGCCCCCACGUCCACGGCCACCCACUCGGGCCGCCGGCCCCCGGACUACACCACGGCCCUGCAGCGCUCGCGCAUGGUCACCCAGUCGCCCGACUCCCACCAGGCCCAGCAGGCGGCCAAGCACCGGGGCGGCCUCCACCGCACCCGCUCGCCGGCCGAGGAGCAGGAGCCCGAGGAAGAAGAGGAGGGUGAGUCCUUGUCUUCCAAACUAGUGGCUCUGAGGAAGGCGGUGGCACAGCACACAUCUGAGAGGCCAUGAGAGAGUGGGGGGUAAGCAGGCAGGGCCCCUCGUCCCCAGGCAGAGGACGAACAGGUGUCAGCAGUCUGAGGGACAGCGUUGGACGUCAUUUUGCAGUAACUUGAAGCCCCGCCCCCCCCCGGUCCAGUCCGGGGUUACAGAGACAAACCACAGACUGAUCAGUUACGUACGUGCCUGCCUCCUCCACUCGGCUCUCCUUCCUCUGCUCAUCUCCCUCCCCUGCCUUAAAGCAUCAUGGGGGGUUGAAUGACCCUGCAUGCAAAAAAGAAAAAAGAAAAAUAUACUGUGAAGAAGAGACGGAGAGGUCAAAGACGAUGACGCAAUGCCUGGCACUUUGGAAAAAUUUGAAAAAGACAAAAAAAACAUCAGACUUUAGAAACGGGACUGGAGCUCACCAGCUCCCCGAACCAGAGUCGUUGCUGUUGAGUUUGGGAGCGGAUCCUGA